UCGUCUUAUCGAUUUCUGAUUCAGCCAGAAAUUCCUGCAGCAGUUUCUUUCCUGUGAAGAUCGGCAUCUAGGGUUCGACUUCGAGAACCCUGCAGGCUGGGAGCUUCACGAUCAACUUCUGUUUAUCUGUUUCCAACGGUUUCACUGUGUCGAUCUUGAUAUGUGUUGUUGGCUAUUCUCUCUCAUUCCAAUUAUGGAAUGUGAUCUAUGAUUAUUUCAACACUCACAAAGGCAAGGGCUUGUAUACUCAGAACCGAACUGCACAAUGUCAAAAAAGUUGGAUCGUGGAGGAGGAAGGGACCGGUUUAGGAGGGAUUACCCUUCAAGGUAUGAAGAUAACAAGGGGAAUGGGGUUAGUGGACGUGACAACCGCAGCAACAACCCUCCUUCCAGGCAUCUCUGGGUUGGGAAUCUAUCCCACAGUAUUGUAGAGGAAGAACUUGCUCACCCUUUCUUGCGAUUUGGACCACUGGAGAAUGUUGCAUUCCAGUCUGGCCGCAGCUAUGCUUUUGUUAAUUUUAGAAGGGAUGAAGAUGCUAUUGAUGCCAUGAGGGCACUGCAAGGUUUUACUCUUGCUGGCAACCCACUUAGAAUCGAGUUUGCAAAGGCGGAUAAGCCAUCAGCAGUACCACGCGAUGAAGAUUACUCUUGGGAUGAACGGAACUCAACAUUAAGGGGUUCUCCUUUCUCACAAAGAGAGUUUAGGGGAUACCGUGGUAGUCCUGAGCUGCAGUAUUCUGACAAAUCUAAGCUGAGUGACAAAAAUCCAGAACCCAGUGAGGUCCUGUGGAUUGGGUUCCCGGCUCAGUUGAAGGUGGACGAAUCAAUUUUAAGAAAGGCAUUUUCCCCCUUUGGUGAAAUAAUGAAGAUUACAACGUUUCCAGGUCGUAGUUAUGCCUUUGUUCGCUUUAGGAGCCUUACAGCUGCAUGCAGAGCAAAAGACAAUCUGAAAGGGAAGUUAUUUGGAAAUCCCCGUGUUCAUAUUUGUUUUGCCAAAAGUGAAACAGGUUCAUCAAACAGUGAGAGGAGAUCACUUAAUGGCCCUCGCUCUCCAAUUUACAAGUCAAGUGGUCGUGAUGGAUCUUCUGACAACCUCAGACAGGAUCGAAGCUUCAACGGUGAUCGCAGCAUUGGUUCCCCAAAUCAGUUCCGGAAUUGGGAUUCUGAUCCUUACGAUCACAAAAGGGGUUCUUCAUGGAUGGGUGGAACUAACACAUAUGAACAAAGAAAAGUUGGAGAGAAGGGGAGAACACUAGGAGUAUCACAAGAAAUGUAUGAACUUAUGAAUAGUCCAUCAAGAGAAAGAGAUGAUCGAUUUCCUCAAAAAGGUGCAUUCUACGAAGAUCUGCGGGCCUUUACAGAUGUUCCCUAUCUACGUGAGGCUAAAAGGCCGAAGACUGGUUCUCCUCCUCUUGAAAGAGAGCUUCCAGAGUAUCCCUUCUCUGAAUUAGAAAAACAGAAACACGUUCUCCCAAGACUUUUAUCUGAUUUACCACCACGUGAGCAUUUUGAUAAAGGAUUUGAUGCUGCAAAUUUUACUUACGGCCAGACUCUUGAACGCCCCCCAAAUUCACCUCUGCCUCGUUUAGAUAGACAAGAAGGCUGGAAAUCUUAUGAUAAUUUCCAAAUGGGUUCCAGUGCUCAGCAGUUAGGUUAUGUUGAAAAGAAAAGAUUCACGCCUGAACCCGAUAGUUCAUCUUUAGCGGAGUGGAAAUGGGAAGGAACUAUUGCUAAAGGUGGAACCCCUGUCUGUCGAGCACGCUGCUUUCCGGUGGGGAAAGUCCUAGAUAUGAUGUUACCCGAAUUCUUGGAUUGCACAGCAAGAACUGGUCUAGAUAUGCUUUCAAAGCAUUACUACCAAGCAGUUGGUGUUUGGGUUGUUUUCUUUGUGCCUGGAAGUGAUGCUGACAUGGAAUUCUACAAUGAAUUUAUGCAUUAUCUGGAGGAAAAGCAGCGCGCUGCUGUUGCCAAACUGGAUGACAAGACCACCUUAUUUCUAGUUCCACCAUCCGAGUUCUCAGAGAAAGUACUGAAGGUACCUGGUAAAUUGAGCAUAUCUGGUGUUAUUCUGAGGUUGGAGAAUCCUGUUAUAAAUCAUGGCCCAGGACACAUGCAACGAGAAAUGACAAACGAAAACCUGUUGUCCUAUAAUGAGAAUAUACUGCAUCCGAAGUCAUCAUUUCCUUUGGAACGCCUACCUACAUCACCAUCUAUUUCAGAAUUGGGUAAUUCUGGAAUCAGCAAUCUUUCAUUUCUGGGAAAUAAAUUUGCAGCAGCUCCAUCAGUUUCUGAUUCAGUUCAUGCCAUGGCUACCAUGUCUGAGUCUCAUGACGAAAGAAAUCGCAACUACACUGUCCAGCAGCGGACUUCUGGACCAAACUGGUCUUCUCAAAAUCUGCAGAACUUCUCCGGUAGAACUCUAUCAUUGCAACCAUCAGGUGGUACUGUAGAACCUGUUGCCGAUGAACGCCAACUCACCAUUCCAAGGGCAGUGACAGAUGCAAACUCAAUUCAACAUCCCAAUGGACCUUCUGUUAUUCCAUUUUAUGGUGAUAACAAGUUGUCUUACCCAGACAUAAGACAUUUAGAUCCUUUAUCAGUGCCUGUGGGAGCACUUCCACCAGAACAGCUUGCACAACUAGCUGCAUCUCUUCUUGAGCAGCAGAGGCAGUCAGGAAGCUCUUCAAGUACAUCUGCAUUGGGAGAUCGUGAUCCGCGCCAGAUUAACAGAUUUAACACGUCUGACAUCUCAUCCAGAUUUAGCACGUCCGACACCUCAUCCCGACCAUCCCAAAAAUAUGCUACAGAAAACAAUCUGGUGAGUUCUGAUCUCUCGACAUCUCAACUGGGUCAAAUUUUACAGAUGCAGAAACAGCAACCCCAGGUGUCACAGAUUGUUCAAAGGGAUCCACAAAGAGAGGGUAAUGGAAAUCAGCUGGUGACUGAUGGCACCUUGCAGGAAGAUUCUGAUUCAGAUCCUCAGAAACGUCUACAAGCAACACUUCAGCUAGCUGCUGUUCUUCUUCAGCAAAUCCAGCAAGGAAAAGGAAGUUGAAAUGUGCCAUGAUUUCUGUUGCUUUCUUGGUUUAACGUCUUAGAAUGAAUUCAAAAAUUAGAAAAGGUGUUAGUGGCUGUAAGUAGGAUGGUCACAUUUUCAUUUUAUGGAUUGCAGUGGAUUGGUAAUAGAAAUACUGCAUAUUUAGUUUUUUAAACCAUUAGAGCUUUUAGUA